UGUCAGUCUGUUUGUUGAGCUGUAGUUUCUCUGAGUAACGUGUGUGUCGAAUGAAGAUUUUGUGAAGUUGCAUCAGCUAUUUAUUUGCUGGAAAGAUUUUGGAGAGCUAAACAGACAUGAUGGUAUUAACAACAUGCAUGGGUGGUUCCUAAAGCUUUUUAAAUCUGGAACACAAAACAAGAACAGCAAAGCAGGCGAAAAAUCAGCAGGGGGUGCUAGCUUCGAAUCUAAAUCAUCUUCAUCUGCAUCAUCAGAGGGAACCUCUGUUGCAAAACCACAGCAGUUAAAGACUGCUCUGAGUUCAGAGCUGAGAUGGAAACGGAAAUAUGACGUGUUCGUGUGCCACAGCUUUGCCCAGAAAGACACUGAGGAGGCCGGACGCCUGGUUUCGUUCCUUGAGACUCCACCCCGCAGCCUCAGGUGCUUCCUAUGGCACAGGGACUCAUGUCCAGGAGGUGCUAUAUCCACAGAGUUCUGCAAGGCCCUGGAAAACAGUCACAUUCGGGCUCUGCUCAUCACUCCCAGCUUUGUGCAGGAUGAUUGGUGCAGUUACAUGAUGCACCAGACCCUGGCAGAGAGACCCAUGUCCAAUACGAUGAUACCCCUUCUUCUUGACUUGGCCCACUCUCAGUACCCACAGGAACUGAGGUUCUACUACUACAUUGAUCUGAGCAGGAAUCCUGACUAUGGCUUCAAUGUGGUCAAUAAGACUGUACAAAGUUAUUUGGAGAAGUUGAUUCAAAGUGAAGAGGAACUGAACCACUGCUUGGGUGACUCAGCUGUGCAUCAGAUGGAAGAGACGACACGCAAGAAAGCAACGUGAUGUCAGUGUAAAAGCCGACACCAGAUGGUGUAAAUCUCAAGACUUCUCACCACUAGAAGGGAUGCAGCAGAGAGAUAAAAGCAUCAGAGAAAUUUGCUGUGACCAAGACUAAAAUAUACAGUACAGCCCAAAAGUUUGGACACACCUUUUAAUUCAAUGAGUUACCUUUAUUUUCAUGACU